GAAGAAGUCAUUAUUUUCAAUAGAUACAUGACAGGUUGAAAUACAAGAAAAAGUUGAAAGAGAUAAGAUGUUGUAAAAGAGUGGUUCAUAAUGUUAAGGGUAUUCCUUUGAAGAGUAUAAAUAUUUGUGCUUCCCAACUCGAAGAAUCAGUUUGCCAAGAACUUUGUGAAGAUAGUUGCAAUAAGCCUUACUCAACGACAUCUGCAAAAAUAGAAUCAUGAACACUUUGCAAAUAACAUUCAUUAUGUUUGGUAUUGUUGGAUGUGCUCUAAGCAUUCCAACGCAACCACCUACUACAGUUAAGCCAAAGGAGCAAUCAGUGGACCCAUUUGUACCCCAUGCUACAUAUCUUAGUGCCAAUAGUUACGUAGACAAUGUUCCAUACGGCGUUGCUUACAACCCUCAACCUCCUCAAACCUAUAGCAAUGGAUAUUUCACCGGACUAAUGCCAUCAGCAAGGUCUUCACUGGAAGUCAUAGUAUGGUUAUUCACAAGAGUUGGUGCCGUUGUGUUAGGUUCGACAGCACUUUUUGUGUUAGGAGGUCUCUUCAACGCCUUAGUGUGCAGUAUGACUUCAUUCUGUAGCUACGAUUUCCAAGCUAUAAGUUCUCUAGACCAAGAGUCCGUCAGAGCCCUAAUAACCCCUGAGAAAAUCUCCACAGCGGCAGCUCUUGUUCAAGAUGCCAUUGGAAAAUACAACAGGCUGCAAAGAGAAAUUCGAAAUUAAGCAGCAGCAUAAAGUUUUCAUGAAGAAUUCAAGAUAGCAGCUCAAAACUGAUCAAGCAACAUUUAAUAGAGAAUAAAUCGAAGCAUCAUAAUAAAAAUGUUAUUAUAUUAGUUAAUACUUGUGAUAAAUUUUGCCAAUGAAGAUUUAUUGUUUUAAGAAAUAAUAGUUUUAAGAAUUUUUAAUUUGUGGAAUUAGGAAGAAUAAUAAAUAGAAAUAUUAAAAUAUUA